AUGACUAUUGGGCACAGUGCUACUGCUAGUGCUGGUAUCUUGCUUCUUGUGGCAGUUUCAAUCGUUCAGCAGGGUCACCACGUUAAUGCUACUCCAGGACCUGCGGUUGUCGACGAAACGUCACGAUGGACUCAAUGUCGACUCUCGAAUCAAUCCAUUUAUGAUUUCCAAGUUCAACAACUGGACGGCAAAUUUACCGAUCUUAGCAAGUAUCGUGGCCAAGUGCUUCUGAUCAUCAACGUUGCAACAUUUUGUGCGUUCACACAGCAAUAUCUCGACUUCAAUCCACUUAUCGAGCAAAACAAACGAACGACAUUCAAAAUUUUGGCUUUUCCAUGCAAUCAGUUUGCGUUGCAAGAGCCAUCUGAAAAUCAUGAGCUGCUCAAUGGCAUCCGAUAUGUGCGACCCGGGAAUGGCUGGAAGCCACACUCAAAUUUACAUAUUUUUGGAAAAUUGCAAGUGAACGGUGAGAACAAUCAUCCACUCUACGAAUUCGUUAAGGAUCAGUGUCCACAAACGGUGAAUCGAAUCGGAAAACGUGACGAACUAAUGUAUGAUCCGAUCCGACCGAGCGAUAUCACGUGGAAUUUCGAGAAAUUCUUAGUGGAUCGUCAGGGCAAAGUUCGAUUCAGGUUCCAUCCAACCGCGUGGAGUCAUGGCGAUGUUGUACAACCAUUCAUCCAACAACUCGCCAACGAACGAGCUCGUGCAUGA